AGCAACUGGAGCACAGUUCACUUACAAACAUCACACUGGUGGAUUCUUACUGUUCACUCAAUGGGGAAAUUCAGCCUGAUACUGGCAGUAUUCUGCACUCUCUGUUGGGUCUCAUCGUCAGUUUUUGACUUUCACACUGUGGUGGUUCAGCCCAGAAAAGAAGUCACACUGUGGUGCUCGAACUUUUCUGCUCUCCCCGUUCACAUAUUCUGGUACAAACUUGUUGACGGAUCCAACGCCAGCUGCAUCGCAUCGAUGUUCAGUUCUGAAGUUAACGCUUCGCUGCGAGAAGGAUAUGAAAAUGGUAAAUUUAACAUGACAUCCAACAGAACAAACAUCUUCCUGAGCAUCAAGCAGGUGGAUGCUUCAGACUCUGGGCUUUAUAUCUGUGGAAAUGGUAAAGAUUUAGAGUGGAACAUAUUCAGUUCAACAUAUUUACAAGUUGAAGUGGAUGUGUUUGUUGAACCGUUCUGGAUCCUGUGUGCUGCAUCUAUCUUCCUUUUAAUAAUCAUCAUCUGUCUGGUUGAAAAGAUUAGGAGAAUUCAAAAAGCCCGAGCCGACAGUCAGAAUCCACAACAGAUCAAGAAUCCAGAAUCUGAUAACCUGAACUACGCAGCUCUGACUUUUAAAACCCCCAAAACUAAAAGAACCAGAACAGCAGAGGCAGAGAAAGAUCUGGAGACGACCGUAGUGUACGCUGCCACCAGAUAGACUCACCAAAUGGAGCGAUUUUACUGUUUUACUACGUUCAUCUGUUUGUUUGUGGGACUUUGUGUUUUUUUUGAAGAGGGAAUAUGAAGUUGUAAAUCUGUCCAACCAUUGUUUUAAUAAAGAGUCUCAA